AUGGAGCGGCCGGGAGGCUCUGUCAGGCGUGUCCCCAGCCCGGUUUCUAAGGGCCUGUUAAACCGCCGCGGGCUCUCCGGCCCGGUCUCGGUCCCAGCCGGAGGAGGAGCGGUGGCAACUGUCGGUGGGACGGGCUUGGUGGACGCUGCCGAGAGAGAGGCGUUCGAGAGGGGGCAGACCGUCAGCAUCAACAAGGCCAUUAAUGCUCAGGAAGUCGCCGUCAAAGAGAAACACGCCAGAACAUGCAUCCUGGGGACGCACCACGAGAAAGGAGCCCACACCUUCUGGUCUGUCGUGAACCGCUUGCCUCUCUCCAGCAAUGCCGUACUCUGCUGGAAAUUUUGCCACGUCUUCCACAAGCUCCUCCGUGACGGACACCCAAAUGUCUUGAAGGAUUCCGUGAGGUAUAAGAGUGAGCUCAGCGAUAUGAGCCGCAUGUGGGGCCACCUGAGCGAGGGCUAUGGGCAGCUGUGCAGCAUCUACCUCAAACUGCUGAGAACCAAGAUGGAAUUCCACACAAAAAAUCCCAGGUUCCCUGGAAACCUCCAGAUGUCAGACAGGCAACUUGAUGAGACGGGCGAGAAUGACGUUAAUAAUUUUUUCCAACUCACUGUGGAGAUGUUUGAUUACCUGGAGUGUGAACUGAACCUAUUUCAGACAGUGUUUGGUUCCUUGGACAUGUCUCGCUCUGUGUCGGUCACCGCUGCUGGGCAGUGCCGGUUGGCCCCACUGAUCCAGGUCAUCUUAGACUGCAGCCACCUCUAUGACUACACUGUUAAACUUCUCUUCAAGCUCCACUCCUGUCUCCCAGCUGACACACUCCAAGGCCACAGGGACCGUUUCCUGGAGCAGUUCAAGAAGCUGAAGGAUCUGUUCUAUCGCUCCAGCAACCUGCAGUAUUUCAAGCGACUGAUUCAGAUCCCUCAGCUGCCCGAGAAUCCCCCUAACUUUCUACGGGCUUCAGCACUCUCUGAGCACAUCAGCCCUGUCGUUGUCAUCCCAGUGGAAGCUUCGUCCCCUGACAGCGAGCCGAUCAUGGACCUUGUAGACACGGAAACAUCCUCACAGCAGAGUCUCCCUGAAAAUAAGUUUGAUGACAUCUUUGGCAGUUCCUUCAGCAAUGAUCCGUUCAACUUUAACAGCCAGAAUGGGAUGAACAAGGAUGACAAGGACCAAUUGAUUGAGCAGCUGCACAGAGAGAUCAGCAAGCUCAAGGAGGAGUUGAAAAACUUCAAGGCAGAGAGUCAUCGCCUGGUGGUCCAACUGAAGGGACGGAUCAGUGAGCUGGAGGCAGAGCUGGCGGAGCAGCAGCACCUGAAGCAGCAGGCGCUGGACGAGAGUGACUUCCUGCGUGCUGAAUUGGAUGAGCUGAAAAAGCGGCACGAAGACACCGAGAAAGCUCAGCGCAGCCUGACAGAGAUUGAGAGGAAAGCACAAGCCACAGAGCAGCGUUACUUGAAGCUCAAGGAAAAGUACAGCGAGCUCGUGCAGAACCACGCGGACCUCCUGCGCAAGAAUGCUGAAGUCACAAAGCAGGUCACAGUGGUGAGGCAGGUGCAAGAGGAGGCCGAACGAGAGAAGAAAGAGCUGGAGGACUCCUUUCAGCAGCUGAGCAAGCAGGCCCAGCGGAAGACACAGGAGCAGACGGAAGUCUUGGAGACUUUGAAGAGGGAACUCCUUGCCAGCAAGCAGGAGAUUCAGAACCUCAGGAGUACUAUUGAGUGUAGUGCGCAGUCUGAAGUGGAGCAAAGCAGCCAGCUGGCUUCGCUGCAGCUGGAGAGAGACACCCUUGCCGAGACGGUGGCCCAGCAUGACCAGCAGAGGGCAGCCUUGCAGGCUGAAGUUCAGCAGCUGAAGGCCACGUUGGAGAAGGAGAAGGAGAACGGCAGCAAGACAGUGGAAGAGUUGCAGUGCCGCCUGGGGGAAAGGGAACGUAAUGCGCAGGAACUCCAACAACAGCUUCUGGACAAGCAGUUUGCUCUCCUACAGUGUGCCUUGGGAGAGGCUGAGCACAUGAUCCAGGAGGCCUUGAAUCGACUGGAUGACCCCGUUCACAUCAGCUGCACAAGCUCCGCAGAUUACCUUCUGUCCAGGACGCUGGCUGCAUUGAAGUGCACCGAGCAGCUUGAGGAGGCAUGCAGCCAGUACCUUGCUGACCGGUCAGAUGUGAGCAGCCUCUUGUCAGGGGUGGCUCUCUUUGCUCACCUGACUGGAGACACCAUCCUGCAUGCCAGUGCCACAUCACACAUGGCCCCCAUGGAGCCUGCUGACUUGCUGCUGGAGUCCUGCAGACAGUGUGGGAGCGAGGCCCUGCAAUAUCUAGGGACCCUGAAGGAUGUAGCAUUGCUAGAGGGUGCUGACUGCACAGCUGUCAGGAACUGCCUCAGCCGGAUUGCUGCCAUUGGGGAGGAGCUGCGCCCAAAAGGCCUGGACAUCAAACAGGAGGAACUGGGGGACCUGGUGGACAAGGAACUGGCAGCCACAGCAGCAGCAAUUGAGACGGCUGCUGCCAGAAUUGAGGGGAUGCUGAGCAAAUCGCGGGCAGGGGAUACUGGAGUCAAACUCGAGGUCAAUGAGAGGAUUCUAGGCUCCUGCACAGGCUUGAUGCAGGCGAUCCAAGAUCUGGUUCUGGCUUCCAAGGAUCUCCAGCGAGAGAUUGUGGAGAGCGGAAGGGGAGCAGCAUCCCCCAAGGAGUUCUAUGCCAGGAAUUCCCGGUGGACAGAGGGGCUGAUCUCCGCCUCCAAGGCUGUAGGAUGGGGAGCAACUGUCAUGGUAGAUGCUGCUGAUCUUAUGGUUCAAGGCAAAGGGAAGUUUGAGGAGCUAAUGGUCUGUUCCCAUGAAAUUGCAGCAAGUACAGCUCAGCUUGUUGCUGCUUCAAAGGUGAAAGCAGAUAAAGACAGUGCAAAUCUCAGCAAACUUCAAGUGGCUUCUCGAGCAGUCAACCAAGCGACAGCAGAGGUGGUGGCCUCCACCAAGUCAGGGAAGUCACAGAUUGAGGAGAAAGACAGCAUGCAAUUCUCUGCCAUGACGCUAACACAAAUCAAGCGCCAAGAAAUGGACUCCCAGGUGCGAGUAUUGGAGCUGGAGAGCCAGCUACAGAAGGAACGCCAGCGCCUGGGUGAGCUACGCAAGAAACACUAUGAGCUGGCAGGCGUGGCAGAGGGCUGGGAUGAGAAUGGCGCAGAUUUGGCUCCCUGAGGCAGCCAGAGAAGAGGCCCCUUCUGUUGAUGUGGCUCCUUCCGAACAUGAAUGAUGAACUAGUUUGGAACAUACCGCAAAGCCUCUGCCCACCAAGACAUUCCUCUCUCACGCUGGUCAGGCUAGGGUGUCCUGCUGGCCAAGAAGGUAGCAGUGAAGGCUGGAGAAGAGGAAAGGUAGUUGUCUCCUAAGCAGCAUCAAUAGCAUUGCCCCUCCAUAGCCACAAGAUACCAGCUCUGCUCUCAUAUGUAUUACAGCUUUGCAGCAUCUUUGCAGAGUUGAAUUCUCUUCCCCCCACCCCCCAUUUCCUCCUUUUUUGCACAGCCUCCGAGCUGCCGGUUGGCCUUGGCUCUUGACCAUACCGGGGACCGUGGUGGUCUCUCCCUGAUCAUGCUGCUUCUCUUUUGCCUGUCUCUGCUUGGGAUCAGAGCCAAGACGUUGGCAGGAGAUUCCAAUACUGUUGUUUGAGAUGGGAGAGCAGAGGUGUGCAGCCGUCCUUUCUCAGCGAGCAAGAUACUUGGCGCAGGGGUUGGAAGGACCUUUUAGGGGCAGCCAUACCUGCACAGAGACAAAAGGACCCAUCUGUGAGGCUCAGUCCUUGGUGCAGAGGGCUUAUGUGGUCUGAGUCAUCCCAGGAGUUCCAGCUAUUCUGUCUGAUCUUGAAAAGCCCUUUAGAAGGUUGUUCAGGGACUGGCAGGGAGCAUUCCUUACCUCCAAGCGCCUCUUUUUUACUAGCCCGGUGCCCGUUCCCAUCUUGGCUUCAGCUGAACAGAUCCUCUUCUGGUGCCUCAAGUAGUUCACUGUGUAUUCUGUCAGCCACGAACAGCUCGGAAUCCAGGAGCUGGAAAAGCUGAGGGCUGGGGGUAGAGAGGAUGCUAGCAUGGAGCUGAAGCCACUGCCACACUGCCUUUGUGUUCAGGGUGUAAGCGGCUAUCAGAUCAGCUGCCCUCCUGCCAUGUGGACUUCAUUAUCCAAGUAGGAGCUACUGGAACCAGACAGCCUAGUGCAGCUGCUCCCUCAGCCAUCGUUGCUCAUCAGAGUCAGGGAGAAAGGGGGCGAGGAAUCUAGGGUGGUGUUUGGAUUCUAACGUAGAUCUGGCUUCUUUUUCUCACUGCUACUAGCAAUUAGAUGCAGUUUGGCUGAGCUGCCUCUGGCACCUCAUGAUCACUGUGACCCCUCUAAGGGAAGACAAUGGCUCGUGGCCUGAGUGACUGGUGGAGGAAGCAAAGAAUGUCCCUCUAUCCAGAAGAGGGAUGGAUGGGUGUGGGUGUGCAGGGAUAGGACAUCCCACGUCCUUCUUCAUUCUGGCUCCUGAAGGAACGUAGGUAUGAAAUUGAUGCUGGUGCCCUAAGCGUAUGAAAUAUUUUUUUUCAGCCCAGUUCUUGCUGUGCAGAGAGGCCUUGGGAAAACUUUGGCCAGCAGCAUUUGGCUGAACUUAACCAGCAAACUGCAUGCAUGGCAGAAGAAGCUCUGAAUCAAAAGAAUUGCCUGGCAGUAGAUUCCUCAGAGUCACGCCAGCGGCUGUCAAAAGUGCAGCAUUUUUCCUCCUAACUUUCCCUUGCUGGGAUAGCACUGCUACUAGCCAGAAAACAUCUGGGCAGUGAGACUGUACUUUUUUCUGGCCUGAUUUCCCCCACUACCUUCCAAAAAACAAACAGGUGUGAUCCUUCUAAGGUCAAAAUCCAGCGUGUCUCUUAAUUCAACAUCCCAGAAUGGGUAACGUUAACAUACCUUCUUGCACAUUUGGAUAGACCCACUCCACAUCUGGUUUAUACAGGCCAAAUGGUCUAUUUCAGCCAUGGGGUGGGAAAAAAUCAGGUCAGGGAAACCAGCAAGAGUUGACUGAACAAUGUGCCCUAACCCUUUCCCUCCUAGCAAGCUACCCCUUAGAUUGAGUUGCCUCAUCUGAGAUAGCUUGUACGUAGCAAGCACUGUUCAUGAAUUCAGAAGCUUUAGAAAGGGAGACAGGAAGAUGUAUAAUGGAAAGGUUGAGUUGGCUACCCUGUGGUUCUGCCUUGCAUUGAGCAGGAAAGGUCACGGGUCCGGGAUUAUCGUAUUGGCUGAUGGAGUCCUGGCCUUUGGCAACGUUAAGUCCAUACUAGGCUCCCUUGCCCUCCAGGUUACUCGAUGAGAACCCUGCCUGUUGCACACUGCCAUCCCGGGGUGGGGGGGAGUAUUUUGCAUUCCUACUCCUUGAGGAUCUCUAACCCACUCCAGCCUCCACUGCUCAGAUAGCCUAACAAACUGGUGCCUGUUAUACCCCAGGCCUUCCUGCCACUUAACUGGCAGAUCAAGAACCAAAUAGCACUCCUUCCACCGCCAGUUCGAAUGAAGUCCCUUGGCUGCCCAUCCUCUCCAAAGCAAUAGGAACAAUCCUGUUGCCAUAGCACAGGUAGAGGAGCGGAUAUGGUGUUGACCUCCCUCUCCAGCUCAGCCUUUCCAGGGACAUCCCAACUCCCCCCACUCCUGUGCCCCUGUACUACCUCAGGUUUUCAGGCUGAUUUGCCACACAUGUUGGGGGCAAAAAGGAAGAGGAUGAGGACCAGCUGGAGAAGCUUGCCAUGACACUAGCAGAAAGGCCAUUUUGGCUCGGAAUGAUCUUCCCCAAUGCUCGCUCUUUCUCUUCCUUUUACUUUUCUUAUAUUCCGGGGAGUAGGGGGGUGAACAAACUUCCAUUAGAGCAGUUCCCUGUAAGUGACUCAAUCCGCCCACCACGUGCUUUGGGCCCCCACCAAUCGGUCCAGGCAGCCAGCUUUUUGUUUUCCAACAAAACUUUUAAUUAUUGUAUUAAAUACAAGGAAUUUUUUUUGUAUAAUAUGUUGAAUGUGUGUUUUCAAUUUUUAAAUAAAUAUUACAACCCA